UGUGCGCGUGGUAACCAUGGCGAAUUGUUUGGCAUUAGAGAGCUUUGCUGUGGCUGCAGAGGAUUCUAAAGUUUCUUAACCUUAUACCUACAAUUACUUUUACUUUUAUUUGAAUUAAUUCUUAAAAGGUUUCCAGGGUUUUGUAGCAGAGCGCGAGCUAACUUUAAAGCAAACAAAUUACUGAACGCUUAAAGAUAUAGUUUUAUGAUGAGUUCUCGACGGGAGCAAGAUGGUCACUCACCAAGACUGGAGGCUGUGAUUCAGCAGUUGGAGAAGACUCUGCUUCAGUCGGACAGUAGCUCAGGAGACAGAAGUCUGACACUUCAAGGGGAUGUAGAAGAAUCUGGAGCCACUCCUAUCCCUAUUGCCUCUCACAUUUGUCAGAUCAUCGCCCGCAACCUUGCUGAACAGCCUGCUGGUGAGAGCUUUGAGGUUAGCAAGCUGGAGGAGAGCGGUGCCCUGAGGGAGCAUUCUUCUCCCGGCCAGAUGGACGACGACCAGCCACUAGUCAAACAAACCAGUCUCACAGAGAGGGCCUACCUGUACUCAGCUGAGCUUCAGAAGCGUGUUGAGCAAGAUCUUAACAUUGUUAUCCAGAAACAGACUGCUCUGCUGCAGGAGGAGCGGAGCCGGAGUGCCAGCCUAAGCCAAGUCAACUCUCUGCUACGGGAACAACUGGACCAGGUAGACAUUGUCAACAAGGGCCUGAUGGAGAGCUUAAGGAAGGUCCGCGAAGAUGCUCAGCGGUUUCAUACUCGCCUGCGCAGCGAGAAAGAGGUGGGGGGAGGGAGCACUUAAAUGAAGGGCUUCAACUUAAAAGGCAAAGGGAAAGUUCAAGUUCACCCCUUAGUGCUGAAAAAUUGCACAAUUAAACUCCUGCCGAGUUCACAUGA